GGCAUCAAAAUGCUUAGAGGCAGGAGCCGGACCUGAGUGGAGGAGUGCACCAUUGUGGACACUUGCCAGUCGAAGACAUCUAGAUCAUCCGCAUUUCCAACUCCCAGUUGAGAGAGCUAAGGAGGUGCCAGGACGCGCCAGGACACUUAAGAUGUGGAGAGAAAAGGGAAAUGCAAUCGGCAACUGGCUGUUGGCUAUCACAGUUUUUUUGGCAUUGGCUAAAUUCGCUACAACCGAUAAUUGUUUUCCAACCAUAUUCGGAUUUAUAACUCUCAUAUGGAUUCCGCAGGCCUCAGCCGAAUGCCAAACGCGAUCGAUUUACUGCUACGAAUGCGAUUCUUGGACAGAUGCCCGCUGCAAGGAUCCAUUCAACUAUACGGCUCUGCCGAGGGACCAGCCACCCCUAAUGACCUGCAACGGUUGCUGUGUGAAAAUGGUCCGCCAUCAGAGAUCACCCUACGAGGUGGUGCGCCGCAUGUGUACGUCACAGUUACAGAUCAAUUUAUUCAUGGUCGAUCACGUGUGCAUGAUGGAAAGUUCAGGCAAUGGACAUAUGUGCUUUUGUGAGGAAGAUAUGUGCAAUUCUAGUAAAGAUUUAUACUCUCAUGGCCACCAGUUGCAUCUCAUAAUUACCAUCGCAGUGGCAGUGUCCUGGCUAAUGGGUCAAUUGCUCAACAGAUAGAAAGUGUUGCUAGGAUCACCCACGCCCACACACACACACACACACACACUCAAACGCCACACACAUACAACUCUGAAAUCUCUCGCUCUCUGUCUCUAUCUCUCUCUGUAAACAUAUGAUUUGUAGCUUGAAUAUUUCAUUUUGUACGUUUGAAGCACAGUUUUCGAUGAUCUGAUCUGAAGCCGAAACGAGCAUUGAGUAGUUUGAAUAACACCUACAUAGUUCGAUAGCCAAAGCUUCCACAGACCGAAGGCUUCCCCUAUUCACACUAACACACUGAACACACUAACACUAGUACACGUACACUUACACGUACACGGUAUGCGAGCUUUGGAUGCACUGCGUGCAACGAGUAGAGUCGAACGAGUGUGUUCGAAUUCGAGUCACAGUACGAGUACUCGUUAUUUGAAUUGCAUGUGUUGUUGAUGCUAAAGUAAGCUGAAGCAUGUAGCGCUUAAGUAGGAAUUGUAGUUACAUUUUAUUUUCGUUGUUACUUACAUUUGUAAAUGCCCCAGAAGAGGGAUAAACCAAAACCAAGUCCAUAAUCGAUUCACACACACAUAAAUAUGUUUAUGCAUAAACAUCCAACUAUAUCAUAUGUAAACUUGGAAUAACUCGCCAACACCAUUGGUUUGUAAAUACCUCCAAUACUCCAACUCCAGCAAUGUUCAUCCAAAAGUAUUUACCAACACGAAUCUAACGUAAGGGAAGUGUGGAAUAUUUGCUCAUCCUGUUUAUUCCAAAGUCAAAGGAGAGAACUUCAUGUUGCAUUAGUUAUUAAGCUUUAAUCGGUUCUAGAUCAGCUCCCGACCUCAUCAUAUCACGUACCCCAAAUAAACAUUGGAAUCGAUUCUUUGGGUACUUAUCGAUAUCGACCUUAGUAUAGUCGCAUCAUUACCUUGCCCACAAACUGUAUAAAGAAUCAGUCGUCACGCCACCCGUGCUCCCUUUGGUUUGUAUUCAACAAGUGAUAAUUAGUUAGUAAGUAGAAGACUACUUCCUCAUACCCCUAGCCAAAUCCAAUCCAAUCCCCAUCCACAUCCACAUUAUGAAAUUGAAUGGGACUCAAUUCUCAUUGUCAUGCUAGUGAUAGAGUUAAACGAAUCGAAUUAUAUAGCUUAUGAUUUGAGUUUUUGGAUUAUGAAUUAAUAUUAUGACUUAUAGUAAUGGUUAUCCACUUGAGAUCGAGUAGUCGACUCGACGUUUGUAUACUAAGCGCAUUUGAAUCUUUUUCAUUUGUAUUCUUGAAAAUUGGCUAAUAAAUAACAAACAUUUUUACCAUAAUAUCUCUAGCUAAAUUUACUCUUAACCUUUCAAUAUUAACCUUUUAGCUUAGAUCUGUUUAUUCUCUUACAACUCUUAACCACUUCCAAUCUCACUCUUGCACUGCUCCUCCCUCACGCAUUUGUACAAUUUAAUAUUUAUCUUCGUACUGGCUUUAGUUGAUUGCAACAUGCUUUAAGCGCAAGGAAUUUCCGUUCAGCUGUCCAGCAUGUUCUCAAGUGCUUUCUGGCACAAGGUAAGUCCCCAGAAACAGUACAGUUGCGCACCGAAUCCUUAGUUCGCUCCUGCCUACUCGCUCUCUAUUGCUCUCGCUCGCUCGCUCGCUCUAGCUGGGAGUCGGCCUAUCUUGGUGCUACACACACUAUACUAUACUCCCUCCCUCAAUCUAACUCUCUCUCUCUCUGUAUCCGGAUAUCCCUUUAUCUAUCCCACAAUACUUGGCAAAUAUUAUGCAAUGAUUAAACACCAUUUGAUUUGAGUUCGAUUUAACGUUUAAUUUUUUGUAUAGUUUACGCUUUUUUGUUAUGUUUGAUUGUUCGAUGACAAAUAUACUUAUCUAUAAUAUCCACACAUAUGUAUACAUAACCGAUUUUGGUUUGUGAAUGUUGAAAAUAUUCUUAUAACCAGUAUUUGAUUGAAUGAUAUGAUUGAUUGACGGUUAAUGCGUUUCAAAGUUUAUGAAGAAUACAAAUACCAAAACAAACAACAAAUUACUUUCGAAACACAGGCAAUGAAAUCGAUUGAAAUGAAUUUGCAAUCACACCAUAUAUGGAUUUGUAGUGCAAAGAUAAAUAUUUUUUAAUUUAGUACUUUUUGUAGUUCCAACAUCUAACGCCCCCUCCCUCCCCACCUUCUGCGCCCACAUUCUCUCUCUCUCUCUCUCUAUAUAUAUUUCCUUUGUCUCUCUCGCUCUCUAAUUCUGUUAUGUAUCUCUGUAAAUUCUCUAUCUGUUUAACUAACUCACUCUACUAAUCUUAUGACUCUUUUUACUAACUUUCUAUCAAACCGAAACAUAGAGACACACACUUGUAGAAUAGAUACAAAUAGUAUAUGCACUCGUCACUAUGGAUGAUCGCACAUGAUCUUUUGAUCUCUUGAUUAGUCACGUCGCAAGUGCAUAUACCCGGACAUACAUACACUGAAAGUAUACAAAGAUACAUAUUUAAAACAGAUACUGAAUCAUUAGCCCCCCUUACACUUAGCUCAAAGUCCAGGUCAUAAAUAACAAAGAUACAUUUUUACUACAUGUAGGCGCGAACAGAUAUAAAAAAACAUGCUAUAAAUUUGAAUAUAGCUGCAUAUAGUAUCUAUCGUUGAAAGACCCGAAUAUUGUGGGCCAAGCUUCCAAUCCAUAGAUUCCUCACAAUACAAAAAGCACUAAAUUAAUAUCAAAGACUUUACCAAUAUAUAGCCCAAAGCGCUAUCUAACUAAACAUUGGUAUUGGUUGUUGAAUAUUGCAAAGAGAAAACCAAGUUAAGGAAAGCCAAAGAGUGACCAAAGAAUCAAAACAAAAGCAAAACCAACUCGAGAACAAUCAGCCUUCGCCUUUAUUUUGUUCAGUUUAAUUUUUGUUUGAAAUUAUUAUCUCAUUCCCCAUAUAUAUCGGCUUGAAUAGCCUGAAUACCCUGAGCGCGCAGCUUUUCGUUCAACUUCCAACACGAUUUCCGCUUUGAUUUAUAUGAUUUCACCUCAACUCACCACGAGCCCAUCUUCUUCUAUUUCCUCACCACCCUCCUCAAUCACCCUGCCACCAGUCACACUCUCACCCACCCUCACCCUCUGUCACCCACAAUUACUCUCUCUCUCUCAAUGUUCAAUGUCUGUCAAUCAGUCAGUCACCAAGCCCGCCCCCGGCGCCCCCCAAACCGCUCGCGCUCAGCUCCCCGUGGAACUCAAGCUGAUAGCACCCACAAGCAUAUGUUCCACCACUUCCACCAUCCUACAACAACAGCAGAGUCUCGUAACGGUCAGGUAACGGCGCGCAGGCGCUGCAGUCUGCGACAGAGCUUACUCUUCUACCCCCCUAGAGGAAAGCUCUCUCGGAGCUGGAGGGUACGCCUGCCCGUCCGUUUUAUGGUGCUUUUUCACAUACGACACCACUGUCUGACUAAAUUUUUUUCAUCAUGUACGCCAUCGCAACCAUGCCAGUGGUCGCAAUGCCGCGACUGCCGCUCCACACUUGCCGCUCCACCCCCCUCCAGGGAGGGUCGUGGAGCAGAGGGCAUUUGUGGGUGGCAUGCGCGCGCCAUUGCCGAGCAUCUGAUUAAAGUUGGCCAGCCCUUUGCCUGUGUGCGCGCAAUGCUAACCACGUUCGAAAUGCACUUGGCCAAGUGGCAAGUGGAGCCGCAAAAUGUAAACGUGAUCGUCUGUGCGGCACGGCAUCGAUCGCUCGAGGAUCGGCGCGGGACCACCAAUCAGCCGGCGAGACGGGACAGACAGCUUUGAAGCUUUUGGGGGCUUCCGAUGAAUGCUUUGGCUUGAACAACACCCAACAAAAAAAAACCCGAAGCUUUCUUUUAUCCAAGCCUCAACUCAAUUUAGCCAUUAAAUAUUUACUCAACCUAGCUCAACGGUGCUUCCAGUUUCAUUGCAAUCAAUGGCUUGCCAUGGCAAAGCAGAGCGAACACAACAUUUCGCGGUUAAAGUAUUGAGCAUUCUGAAUGUAAAUCGUAUUAAUUAUCCGCUAAUGCUUAAAAAUACUCGUACUUAAAUGCAUACUCGCAAGAAACUGUUAAAGAUCCAUUUAAGAUUUUACUGUAAUCUGUUGUAGGGGAAAAAAAUCGAUGAGCACCGUACUAAAAUAUCUCAAUCUCAACAAUUGUAUCUAGCCAAUAAAGAAAUUUCAAGUAAA